AUUCGAUUUGACGUUCGUACCUUGGUGUUAGGUGUUAGGUUAUGUUAUGCUUUUGUUUAUCAUUCACUCUGUGAAGAAGUGUGUCGUUCUCUUGAGGGGUUUUUGUUGCUCACAGACCACUCACAGUUGGGAAAAAGUUAUUCAUUUGAUAAAUGGUAGUCUAAACCCCUUUGUAUAAUGAGCAAUCGAAACUAUUACUCUAGGAAUCAAGAGCAUUCACAGGGUCAGAGCACUCGAUUAGAAAGUUGGAAUAGUAAUCAGUAUGAAUCUAAAUUCAGACAAAAUAAUUGGGGACAAGAAGGGAGUAUGAGUAACCAACAUCGCGAACAAUGGGUUAGAGGACGCAGAGGAUGUGAGCCAUGCAAUAGAGAGGAAAGGGGCUAUGAUCGAAAUCAAAGAGGAUAUACAACUCCUGGAGGAGAUCGUAGACAAUUUAGAGGGCGAGGCAGAGGUUUUUACUCACGGCAGAAUACUCCAUAUGAUAGACCAACAAAUUCCAGGAGGUUUAAAGAUAAUGUGCCUAGUGAAGAAAUAAAUACGGCUAGUUUAUCACCAUUAGACAUAAAGGUCAAUAAUUUAAUAAAUGCAGUUCAGUCUCAGCAUCCUGUUAUAGGUCAAAUAAUAUUCACUCAAAUUUGUAAUGAAAAUCCAACAGUAUUAUUGCAAAAUGCUAUACAAGCAUUAAGGAACUGUACCAUAAAUGUGCUACAGAACCAGCAAAGGUAUGUUUUUGGCAAUAAAUGGUACCAGUAA